AUGGCUCGGAAUGAGUCGACCCAACAACCGGGUAGUUCUGGCAGCGGUGGGAUCUCAUCAUCUGCUCAACAGAACGGCUCUCUGAAACCCGCCAAAAUUUCCAUCAAAGGUUAAUUUAAAAAAUAAUUAUUCAUCUCAUGUAUUUUUCAGUUAUUUCUGCGACUUUAAAAAAACCUGCGGAAUGUUACGUUGACUUAUCUACAGAUUUGCAAACAUCAGAAACAAAGAAAACAUCUACAAAGAAAAAGACUGAUGCACUUGAAUGGGGAGAAUCAUUCAACUUGAACGUUUCUGAAUCAUCAAAUUUGACGAUUCGUGUUAUGGGAAAAACGAGGAUUUUCGACGAUAGCUGUAUAGGGCUUCAUAAGCUGAAGAUUUCUUCGCUGACUCGGAACGAAGAGGGCGGACGUGAGAAAGUUUGAAGAAAAUUGAGAAGAAAUUUUCUGAUUUCAGUGAACACUUCUGAGAUCGUUCUACAAUUGAGUGGGAAAGACAAGAGCGCAGCGAAAGUCGGUUCUAUAAAAGUUUCCUUCAGUGGUAACAUCGAAAAAAAGCGCAGAAGUGCUGGUAAGUGGUUUUUUUUUUUUGUUUUGUUUACUGAAAGAAACGGAAACUAUAGGAAGUGCCACUAGACGCCAAGCAGAAAAUCACUCAGUUGAAGCUUCAACUUCUUCUAGUUCAAAUGUCCCACGAAGGCCACCAACAGCUAAACGCGAUACUUUAGAUGCAGUCCCAUUGGUACUUUAACUAAGUUUUCAAAUAUAUAAUUUUUUGUCAGAAUACGGGAACCGUUGCUGAAGAAGAUUUGCCCAGCGGUUGGGAGAUGCGUUUUGAUCAGUAUGGUCGAAAGUAUUACGUCGAUCACACUACCAAAAGCACAACAUGGGAAAGACCUUCAACUCAACCUCUACCCACAGGAUGGGAAAUGCGUCGUGAUCCUCGUGGACGCGUGAGAAAUCUUUUAAAGUUCUCUUCUGGAGUUCGUUUGUUCAGGUUUAUUAUGUCGACCAUAAUACUAGAACUACUACAUGGCAAAGGCCAACAGUCGACAUGCUUGAGGCACACGAACAGUGGCAGUCCGGAAGAGAUCAAGCAAUGCAUCAAUGGGAACAACGUUUUUUGCUACAAGUAGGUUUCUUUAGAAAAAAUUUUCAAUUUGAAGCUAUUUUUUUCAACUUUUUAAAGCGUGUCACCGUUUUAAAAUUUGCAUAUACUUCUUCAUAUUAUUUUUCUCAGCAAAACUCAUUCACGUCAAGUGAUGAUCCACUUGGGCCGCUACCGAAUGGAUGGGAGAAACGACAAGAUCCUCAAACAGCAAGGAUGUAUUUUGUAAACCACGUCAACAGGACAACUCAAUGGGAAGAUCCGCGAACUCAAGGGUAUUUUUAUUACCCUUAAAAGUUGAUAAUUUUUCAAUUUAGUAUUUCGGACCAGCCUCUGCCUGAGGGAUGGGAGAUGAGAUUUACUGAGCAGGGCGUGCCAUUCUUCAUCGAUCAUCAAACAAAAACCACUACAUAUAACGAUCCGCGAACUGGAAAACCUGUUGGUCCUCUCGGAGUUGCUGGUGUGCAAAGCUACGAAAAGAAUUUCCGUUGGAAGAUUGCUCAGUUCAGAUAUCUUUGUUUGGUAAGUUUGAAACUGAUUAUUUUGGUUAUUUUUUAUUUCAGUCAAAUAGUGUACCGAACCAUGUCAAAAUCACUGUAUCACGGGAAAAUCUUUUCGAAGAUUCGUAUCAAGAAAUUAUGCGAAAAAACGCUGUUGAUUUGCGUCGAAGACUUUACAUCCAAUUCAAAGGAGAAGAGGGGCUAGACUACGGAGGAGUUGCUAGGUACUUAUUUUGUGUUGAAUUAAAAAAAAAAGAAAAUUUGAAAAUUUAGAGAGUGGUUCUUUCAUCUGUCGCACGAAGUUCUCAACCCGAUGUACUGCUUGUUCAUGUAUGCGGGCCAAAAUAACUAUAGUCUGCAAAUCAAUCCGGCUUCUUUCGUCAACCCUGAUCAUCUGAAAUAUUUCGAGUACAUAGGCCGAUUCAUCGCAAUGGUAUUAUUUUAUUUUGAUUUUUUUGUAUUAAAAUUUAAUUUUUUAGGCUUUAUUCCACGGAAAGUUCAUAUAUAGCGGGUUCACGAUGCCGUUUUAUAAGAAGAUGCUCAAUAAAAAGAUCACUCUAAGUGACAUCGAACAAGUGGACACAGACUUCUACAAAUCUCUGAUUUUCAUAAAAGAAAAUAACAUCGACGAAUGUGACAUGAUGUUAUAUUUUGUACACUAUUACGAACUUCUCGGAGAAGUGAAAACUCAUGAACUAAAAGAAGGCGGCGAGGACAUUCCUGUUAAUGAAUCGAAUAAGGUACCUUUGCUGCGAAGUUUAUCUCUGAUCAUCAAUUUCAGAACGAAUACAUUGAUCUUUUGGUAGAAUGGCGUUUUAACAGAGGUGUCGAACAGCAAACUAGAGCUUUUUUCACGGGCUUCAACUCCGUUUUUCCUCUCGAAUGGAUGCAAUAUUUCGAUGAACGUGAAUUGGAGCUUCUACUUUGCGGAAUGCAAAAUGUUGAUGUGGACGACUGGCAAAGAAAUACUGUCUAUCGUCACUAUGCCGCUCAGAGCAAACAAGUUGGUUAAAAACACUCAACUUUACGUUAUUUCUCAUAGGUUUCGUGGUUCUGGACGUGGGUACGAAGUCUCGAUCAAGAAAAGCGUGCGCGUCUUCUUCAGUUUGUAACAGGCACGUGUCGCGUUCCUGUUGGAGGAUUUGCAGAGCUCAUGGGUUCUACUGGGCCCCAACUUUUUUGCAUUGA